AAAACCCGUCGCUGUUAUAAGCCAGUGCGAGCAAGCGAUCGAGCGGUUAAAUUAUUUUCCCUUUUUCUUUCUCCUUCGAAUUCUGACCUCGUACAAGACAGCAAUGGUGGAAUCCGUGGAGCUACCGAGUAGGUUAGCGAUUCUUCCCUUCCGGAACAAGGUUCUCUUGCCUGGCGCCAUUAUUCGAAUCCGUUGUACUUCUCAUAGCAGCGUGACACUGGUAGAGCAAGAGCUAUGGCAGAAAGAAGAAAAGGGAUUAAUUGGAAUUCUGCCCGUCCGAGAUGCUGGCGAAACAGCACCAUUCGGAACACUGAUUACUCCAGGUGUUGGGAGUGAUUCUGGAGAAAAAGGGAUCAAGCAUCAAGUGGUCACAGCAGAUGCUCACGGGUCUGAAGCUAGAGAUCAGCAGGAAGUUCACUGGCAUAACAGGGGAGUAGCAGCUCGUGCUCUGCAUCUUUCAAGAGGCGUAGAGAAACCAAGCGGAAGAGUUACCUAUGUGGUUGUCCUCGAAGGUCUGAGCCGGUUUAGUGUGCAGGAGCUUGGCAAAAGAGGACCAUACUCAGUCGCUAGAAUUACUUCACUUGAGAUGACAAAAACGGAGUUGGAACAAGUGGAACAAGAUCCAGACUUCGUGGCACUGUCUCGCCAGUUCAAGGCAACUGCUAUGGAGCUGGUCUCUGUGCUUGAGCAGAAACAAAAGACUGGUGGAAGAACGAAAGUUCUUUUGGAAACUGUUCCUAUUCAUAAACUAGCAGACAUAUUUGUUGCUAGCUUUGAGAUGAGUUUUGAAGAACAGCUGUCUAUGUUGGACUCGGUUGACCUUAAAGUAAGAAUUUCAAAGGCUACGGUGCUAGUCGACCGCCAUUUGCAGUCGAUACGCGUGGCAGAGAAGAUAACACAAAAGGUGGAGGGACAGUUGUCAAAGUCACAGAAGGAGUAUCUUUUGCGUCAACAGAUGAGGGCUAUAAAAGAGGAGCUUGGUGACAAUGACGAUGAUGAAGAUGAUAUAGUGGCGCUUGAAAGAAAGAUGCAAGAUGCAGGGAUGCCACCACACAUAUGGAAGCAUGCUCAGAGGGAAUUGAGGAGGCUUAAGAAGAUGCAACCGCAGCAACCUGGAUAUAAUAGUUCACGUGUUUACCUGGAGCUGUUGGCUGAUCUUCCAUGGGAAAAGGCAAGCGAAGAACGUGAAUUGGAUCUAAAAGCAGCAAAAGAACGUCUUGACAGCGAUCACUAUGGUUUAGCAAAGGUCAAGCAGCGGAUCAUUGAAUAUUUGGCUGUACGAAAGCUUAAACCAGAUGCAAGGGGCCCAGUUUUGUGCUUUGUUGGUCCUCCGGGAGUGGGGAAGACAUCUUUGGCAUCAUCCAUAGCGGCUGCAUUGGGCAGAAAAUUUAUCCGCUUAUCUUUGGGAGGUGUGAAGGAUGAGGCUGACAUUAGAGGACACAGGAGAACCUACAUAGGAAGCAUGCCGGGGCGCCUCAUUGAUGGAUUAAAGAGGGUAGGUGUCUGCAAUCCAGUUAUGCUAUUGGAUGAGAUUGACAAAACAGGCUCUGAUGUCCGGGGUGAUCCAGCUUCUGCUCUGCUGGAAGUUUUGGACCCAGAGCAAAACAAAUCUUUUAAUGACCACUAUCUGAAUGUUCCCUUUGACUUAUCAAAGGUGAUUUUUGUGGCCACGGCGAAUAGGGUUCAGCCUAUUCCACCUCCACUUUUAGACAGGAUGGAACUGAUAGAGUUGCCAGGUUACACACAAGAAGAAAAGCUAAAGAUAGCCAUGCGACAUUUGAUUCCUCGUGUUUUGGAACAGCAUGGGCUGAAUUCUGAGUUCCUUGAGAUUCCGGAGGCUAUGGUGAAGCUUACAAUUCAGAGGUACACUAGGGAAGCUGGUGUCCGCAAUCUAGAAAGGAACUUGGCAGCAUUGGCUCGUGCAGCAGCUGUGAUGGUUGCAGAAAAUGAACAAACUCUCCCGGUGAGCAAAGAUGUGCAGAAACUUGCCUCUCCUCUGCUUAAUGGCAGAGUAUCUGAGGGGGGUGCAGUGGAAAUGGAAGUCAUUCCGAUGGAUGUAAAUAAGCUUGACAUAUCUUGUACGUUCCAUAGUCCCUCAGCUUUGGUGGUGGAUGAGUGCAUGCUUGAAAAAACCCUUGGGCCUCCAAGGUUUGACGACACAGAAGCUGCUGAUCGGGUGGCAACACCUGGCGUAUCUGUGGGGCUUGUUUGGACUACAUUUGGCGGGGAGGUCCAGUUUGUGGAGGCGACAUCUAUGGUGGGCAAGGGCGAUUUGCAUCUGACAGGCCAACUUGGGGAUAUUAUCAAAGAAUCAGCUCAAUUAGCUCUCACAUGGGUAAGAGCCCGUGCAACGGAUUUGAAGUUAACUUUUGCUGGGGACAUGAAUGUGCUGGAAGGACGGGACAUCCACAUCCAUUUCCCAGCAGGUGCAGUGCCGAAAGAUGGACCUUCAGCCGGAGUGACUCUUGUGACGGCUCUGGUUUCGCUGUUCAGUCAGAAACGAGUGAGGGCAGACACAGCCAUGACUGGGGAGAUGACGCUCAGGGGUCUCGUUCUUCCUGUUGGUGGUAUCAAAGAUAAGGUAAGGAUGUUAAUACUCAGUUGGGGUGGUUGUACAUGCAAUGAGCAGAUACUGGCUGCACACAGAUAUGGCAUCAAGAGGGUGAUCCUGCCAGAGAGGAACUUGAAAGACCUGGUUGAAGUGCCCGCAGCCGUAAUCUCCAGUCUGGAGAUAAUACUGGCGAAGAGAAUGGAGGACGUGCUGGAGAAUGCGUUCGAAGGAGGAGGAGACUGCCCUUGGCGGCUCCACUCUAAAUUAUAACACGAAAUCUCUGGUGUGGUCGUAAAGCAAAAAACAAAAUACAUCCACUCAGUGUCUCUGUCUCCGAAAUCACAGAGAUGGAGCCGGUGCGCAGGUUAAGACACCCAUCUGAUCAUCUCUCUCUCUCUGUAUCUAUUAUACUCUGUCAAGCUGCGUAUAAGGAAUGUAUUUGUACAAUGCUUGUGAAUGGGUAUACAAUUAUUUACCAAUUCCCGAUGAUGAUUUGGAUUAUGGAGGAUCGGAUGGUGGGUAAUUGAUACUAUGAAGCCCCCUUUUGUCGAA